GGUCAAAAGCAAAAGAUAAUUUUGGUAUGGGUUCAAUGUAUAGCUACGACUCCUAUAAAAAUUCAAAUAUGAAUAGUAACCAGAGUGAUAUGAUAGAAGCCUUGGAUUUCAAUUUUCCAGACGACGACCUCGAAAACGGACUUUAUUUGAGCAAUAUUUACUUACCAGAAGAGAUUAUAAUUCACAUUCUGAGUUUCGUAUCGAUCAGGGAUAUCUUAAAACUCCGUUUAGUUUGUAAGAAAUGGUAUAAUUUGUUGAAAACUCAUAGUUUAUGGUCUACUAUUUUUCUAAGAAUAGGAAGAAAAUCCCCUAGGCAACUUCCAUGGUAUGUGUGCUAUAAGUGCUUAGAUAAUAGUAUCCUGGAUAAGAACUUAUUGAAAAAUAAUUGUGGUCAGGAAAAAUUCAAACACUGGAUAAUACUUGAAGAUGGUGGCCAUAGAAUGAAAGUCGAAGAGACUCCAAUUGGCAGUGACCCAAUCCCAAAUGAUAUUCCAGAUUUCAAUGGGGCUAAAAGUUGUUUUGUAACAUCUUUCACCUCAGGUACUAAGGUGCAAAUGAUACAGAUUCAAGGAAAUCUAUCAAAAUAUAUCAUAAAAAAGUUUAAACCUCACAUCUAUAUAAGUGAAUGGUAUGCUGGUCGUUUUGAUUGUGGAGGUCAUUAUGAGUUGAAAGCAAUUAUUUAUCGAAGACCUAAAGAAUCCACGGCUCAGAAAGAUGGUAAUAAUGAGGGUCAAUACCCAAUUAACAUUGAGGAUGAAAUAAUUCUUGAGAGGAAAAAAGAAAUACAGUUUGGUGGAAAUGAAGCUGCACAGUGGCAAAAGGUGGAGAUAGUAAUUGAAGAUUAUCCUGAUGAUAUUGAAGGCAUUCUGUUUGAGCAUAAAGCAAGAGAUAAUCAAUUUUGGGCUGGACAUUAUGGCCCUAAAAUGGCUGGAGGAGUGGUCAAGUUUUUAUCGGAUAGCCUUGGACAUUAGAUGGAAAUUCUGAAAAUUAAUUUUUACACUGGAAUUAUAUAUACUCAUAUAUAUACACAUAUAUAUUUUAUCUGAAUAUUAUAACAUUUUU